CGACAUGGCUGCCAUCGAGGCUGUCAGCGAGGAGCGGGCCAAGAUUCCUACCGCUCCUGACACGUACCGCACCCAGGCUUCCUCGCCCGAUGCCGAGCCCGCGCCCUUCAUCGAGCCUCCCGCCGUGUCGACCGCCGCCCACCCGUCGACCCUGCCCGGCGGUGGCCCCUCGCUCCAGCACUCGGGCGACGACAGCAUCGCGUCCGGCGGCGAGGGCGUCGGCGGCGAAAAGGGCGGGCACGGCGGCCGCGAGGAGCGCCACGAGUUCGAGGACCGCCCGCUCAACGAGGACGAGCGCCGCGGCCUGUACAUCCUCGGCGGGAUGCUCGCCGGCGGCUACGGCCUGUCCGUCGCGACCGACCCGAGGAGGCACCGGCACCGCAAGGCGGCGCACUAGGUGCGCCGCCGUCGCCCGGGCGUGCUCGCCAGGUGUCGCCUUCUCUCUUCGCCUCCUCCUUCGUCCCUUCUCGUCGAGUCUGCAAAUCAAGCCGUGCCUCC